AUGCUUGCUAUUUCAGUCUUAAGAGAGUUAAGCGUCCUGAUCACCGCGGUUGUUCUUGCUGGUCGUUCUGGAAGUGCCUUUGCAGCCCAAAUUGGAACAAUGUCCCUUAACAGAGAAGUAGACGCCCUCAAGACAAUGGGAAUUAAUCCGAUCGAAGCACUCGCUUUGCCCCGCAUGAUUGCAUUAACCUUCUCUCUGCCUUUUUUGGCUCUUUUUUCAGAUAUUUGCGGCCUUGCCGGAGGAGCCAUGAUGUCUUACUUCUUAAUGGAUCUCUCCUUGGAAGAAUUUAUCCACCACCUACGCCAAGGCAUCACAACAUGGACAUUCUGGGUGGGCAUUAUUAAGGCACCCUUCUUUGCUUGGAUUAUCGGGUUUGCUGGAUGCUUUGAGGGCUUUCAAGUUAAAAAAGACGCGGAAAGUGUCGGAAUCCAUACGACUAAAUCUGUUGUUGAGGCCAUCUUUAUG